AUGGGUUCCCAGGUCCGUGUAUCACAUCUCCUUCCCCCAACAUCAUCGACAUCAACAAACCCCCUCCACGACCUCCGACCACAACCACAGCAGCCCCUGUCCCUCACUGAGGGAUGCACCAAAGGUAAGUCGAUUUGGGGCUAUUCUUCCACUCUUUUCUGCUUCGCCUCGUCUGCCACCUCCUGUUUCCCCGCGAAGUUCACCGUCGCAAUCGAUCUCCCGUUUGCUGCGACACCGCCUCGGCCCCUCCAACCACCAGCCCUGUCGGUUCCCCCGACAAAGCACCGGAUACUGCAUUUAUGA